AUCACUGAGCCAAGUCGAAGCGGGAAAUUGUUUGCAUUGCUUCAAAUUGUAUCCGCAUAUCAGAAUUGUUUUUCGUAGUGCAAAAUGUGUGAUACUGGUAAUUUAAUUGACCUAUCGGGUUGCGAUGAGCCUGAUACAGACACGACGGAGGCAAUUGAGGAAUGCAUUAUAGUUGAAUCAACUCAUUUUAAAGGACCAUAUGAUCCUUUCGAUUCAAUGGAAAAAGAAGCCUGCAUUAAGGGAUUAAAUAAGAUCGAUGAGAAACCUUCAAUGCAAAAACAGGAAAAGGUGGGCAACAUCCAACUUGAAUAUUCCGAUCAAGAUCUAAACAAUGAAACGCCACCGGUUGCCAUGGACUUCGAACCGUCGUCGGAUGCCAUAAAAGUGUCCGAAUCACAGACGUUGCAAAAGCAGGUGAUCCAAUUGAAUGCACUCAAGAUGUCCAGUAUGGGAACGCCUCCACCACAUCAUUUAUCCACGAAAUUCUCGCGCAAUGCGAUGCUCACAGAAAAUCUGCAAAUGAUCGCCGCAGAGUCACCCAUUAAACUCAUCGAAGAUGAGCCGAAUCUCGUUCCAGAGGCUGCUGCUACCACGUUGAGCGACGAUACGUGCUCGAAUGUGGAGUUUGAGGCCCGAUUAAAGCAGCUACGCAUUGCCAUGCUGGAGUCACCGAUCAAAUCGAAGCCUGCAGCAAUUAAGCCAAGUCCAAAAACAGAGCCACAACAGGCAACUGGGAAUGUUGGCAAACUAUUGCAGGAUUUACAAUCCUUGGUUUGCCAGCAUGUCGAUGUCUCGCAGCGGCAGCAGUUUGAUACACUUAUCGCUUCGAUCAGUGCAGCUGUGCAGACAAGUCCUCCACCAGCUGUUGAUGAAUUGAUGCCCAGCUACAAACGUCAAGCGACAUUUGAUCUGGAUCUUGUGCUGCAGCAAAAGAAAUCCGCCGAGUGCGCAGAGUAUGUGGUAGGCAGCAAGAUGCAAGACUUUCCCGAUGCCAUGACCUGUUCCUCGGCCACAUUUGAUGGCGAAUCUCUGGCCACCGAUAAGGCAAUAAUACCCAUAAUUGACAGCGACGAUAUAUCGCUUCCGAGUGUACCACAGAAGCAAGAAUCCUAUCUAACUGAGGUAGUCAACGAUAAUUUGGCGCUGCAAAUCAAUGAACUGCUCGAGCGGCACAAGCUGACGAAACUGAAGUUGAGUGACACGGUGCCACAGUGUGACGACCCCGAGUCGACAAAGCCAGUUGGCGGACCAACAGUCAUCUUAGUUGUGAAUUCGACGGUGGGCAAUCAGUUGCCCAGCUACGUUGUUCAACCCCACACAUUAUCUAAGACACAGACUCAACAUCCAAGUUCAAAUCAAACAGCAGAUUGCAGCAGCAAGGCGAACACAUUUCGACGACGCUCUUCCUCGCUGUCCAUACACGACAAGUCCAAGCAGGAGAGACCCAAGUCAUUGGUCAAGCAGUCAUCGGGAGACAGCAGCAACGUCAGCGUCAACGUCAACAUCGGAAGCCAUCCGAUGCCCUUGAAGGAGCUGUCUGUGGUGGGUGAUAAAUUCAAUGCCAUGUCCUCCUACAGACAACGUCGCAAUUCCUUUACCGUUGGCAGCAAAGCGAACGGAGGCGCCGCUGCCAAUGCCAGCGUUUCAAUGAUUAGCCAUGGUCGAGCGUUGGCCAGCGGACGGAUCAAGGCGCCAACUAUCAAUGAGACGAACAUCAAAUCGUUGGCUGCGGCCACUAAAGACGCGAUACCAAUUAAGCGCGUUGCACCGAUGGUGAAACCAUCAAUGUUGACCACAGAUGUUAAACAUUUGAAUUCAACAGUGCCGCGUUGUCCUGGCCAAGAGACUCCCAUGCCAAUCAGAUCGAAGCCAGGAGGCAAUAAAUUGUUCUGCACCAGUACACCGAUGCCACAAAUGCGUCGAUCCUUCAAGCCGAUGGGCAGCAACUAUUCCUCCUCCGCCUCCAGCUUGGCAACGGCAACAACAACAACGCCUAAUGUGCGUUCCAUGGGAUAUGGAAAGAAGUCGGGUCCAUAAAUGCUUAUUGUGAUUAACUAAAGAACUUAAACAAUUGAAAAACUGUUAUGAUAUAUCAGAAAUCCGUCUAAUCUUAAUCCAAUUAAUAUUAAGUUGCACAAGAUUUUGUAAGUUGAGUUGAAGCGAGUGCUUGUUUUAUUUUUUUGUUUUCUUCUUUCAUUGCCUUGACACUCGGGUUAUACUUGAUAUAAUUUUAAUUAUUAAAAAAAAAGCAUUAAUUAUUAAUAUACGUAUGUGAAUGACAUUCCUUUUUGUAUCUAAUGCUGUAAUGUUUGUUACUUCACUUCUUGCUAUUAAUCUUGCUCUUCAGAAUGCUCAGCUGGGUCAAGCAGCUGUCGCGGUAAAGGCGACGCUCUCCCAGCUUGUCCAGCGGCACCAAUUCGUUCAGUUGCUUCGCAAUCACAGCCGCUGUGGGUCCCUCCAUUUUGGGUGUUGGUCCCAUCGUUUCGCUGACCGCGUAGAUGGUCUUCGAGUAGCGUUCGUUGUAGUUUUCGAUGCCCUCGGCAUUCAGAUGGGCUGUCUCCAGGGGUCCCAGGAAGGCAUACCGCAUGCCCAGACCAUCGCUCAUAACGCUAUCGAUGUCCUUUACAUUGAGAAUGCCGGCCUCGACCAGGCGCCAAGUCUCAUUCAGGAUGGCAUACUGUAUGCGGUUGAGGGCGAAGCCUUCAAU